AUGGACCAAUUUUCUGCUUCCCUCGCACCACCUCGUGCUGCUAAUCCCAAGAAUGCGUCGUCCGGCGGUGGACAAGACACCAGCCAGGCCAGUGUCACGAAGCGGUUGAGUAGCGAACUCAUGAGCUUGAUGAUGUCCGCGUCUCCCGGGAUCUCAGCAUUCCCUAAGAACGACGGAAACCUCUUCGUAUGGAUAGGCACGAUUGAAGGAGCCGCAGGCACUUACUACGACGGGCUCACCUUCAAAAUUACGAUCAACUUCCCACCCAACUACCCCUACGUACCACCAAAGAUCGCGUUUGACACCCCUUGCUACCACCCGAACGUCGACAUCGGCUCGGGUGCGAUCUGUUUGGACAUUCUGCAGGACAAGUGGAGCGCGGUGUACAGCGUGCAGACAAUUUUGAUCUCAUUGCAAUCGUUGCUGGGCGAACCGAAUAACCAGUCCCCCCUCAAUGUCGACGCGGCCAAGAUAUGGAACCAGCCCGAUGCUUUCAAGGCGCAGCUGAUGCGCCACUACCGUCCUGUAUCGGACGAUGCCUAG